AUCAGAAUUCCACCUGCCUUUCAACAGUUUAAAAAAACUGCAACAGAACUGGAAGAAGCAGCCAAUGAAUUUACAGACAAUAUAAAAAUGGACCUCAAAAGAGUUCUUCAGAAUGAUACAAAAUUAGAAAAAAGUAAAGAUACCAGCCUAAGAGAUAUUGACAAUAUUGUGCAAGAAAUGAUAAAUAAAAUAAAAGAAAAUGGAGAUGAAAUGGAAAAUAAAGUAGAGACAAUCUACAAACAGAAAAAAAGGGUAACCAAUAUGCAAACUGAUGAACUGAAGACAAAGAUAUCUGAUAUAGAAAUACAAUUGAGUGUUCUGAAUCAGCUAUUAAAUAGUGAUAAAACAACAGCAAUGAAAUCAAGUGAUAUGAUAAUUACAGAACUGAAGAACAAACUCGAAGAACAGACAUCUAAGACUGAACCAGAAGAUGUGGGAAAAAUUGACAUUAUUAAAAACACUUCUUUAUUGCAAUGGAAAUGUAGCAUUGGAAGUGUAAUAAAAACAAAAGCAGACUGUCUAAAAUUAAUGGGAGGAGAAGAUGUGACCCAAAGUGCUGGUGUCAGUGGAAGCAAUUGUGACACUGACACAAUUGAAAGACUACAAUUACAGAUGGCAAGGUACAUCCUAAAGGCUCUACCCUGUACAAUGAUCUCGGAUGAUCUCCAAUCACAAACUCAGAAAACAACUUUAGAAUUAAAUAUAUCUGUAAAUGUUGCCACAAUUGCUACUCAGAGCUGGAGUACAACAUGGGUAUCUAAGAAUGUCAGCAACUUAAGCUGCAAAAUUCUAUGUUGUGUAGAAAACUUAUUUCAAAGAUGCCAUAUUGAGAGCAUUUUUAGAAAUACAAAGAAGAGAAAUAAUUGUGUAUCAGACACAGAACUUGCUAUAACAAAAUUCUGUGAUUGGAUUGAAGGUUAA